UCCAGAGUUGUGGGCGACAAUCAGUAAGGAAGGAAGGCUGCACAGUGUGUGUAGGGAGGCGUCUAUUACCUUCUGUGUUGUCGACCUUGUCCUCGUCUCCCUGCUGUUCCAUCUUGUGUCGGUGCCGGGAUUCCAGGCAUUGUUGGCUGUGUGCACUUCAUGCGGCCCCUCCCCAUCCUCCCCCUCAACGUUGGAAGGUGAUGUGCCGUGCCGUGGUAAGUCGACGGCGUGGGACGCCACUUGUUGUUACUUAUAUUUUUCCUCACCUGGAGCAGGCCGUGCCGUGCUGUUGGAUUGCUCUUGGAAAUCUUCUUCGUCGUUGUUGACGUCAACGACAUGGCCACGGCCAUUGCGCUCACCCGGCCGUUCCUCCUCCCCACGCAGGAUUGCAGAUGGCUUGCGAUUGGCGGCUGGGAGUCGCAUGGAGGACAGCAUAGGCUGCGCGGGAUAUCGGAGUGUGGAAGGGGGGGAGGAACGCAGGUAGGGCUGGCGGUGGCCGGCCAAGUAAGGAGUACUUGCGCUUGCUGCUGCUGCUGCUGUUGCUGUGUAUAUCGAGUAUGGGGAAGCACAUCAAGGAGGAGGACAACUACAGGCUAUGGUAGUGAGCGGUCCACUCAUCACUAUCAUCACUGUCACUAUGGAAAUAGUGAUCGUCAUAGCCAUGUGGAACGUGGGAGCUCACGCAGGUGGAUUAGGAGUGGAACCAGGGAAAUGGGGAUGGCUUAUGCUGCUCUUGCUGUUGGCAUCAGCUUCGUAGGGGCAAACACGUGCGGCCAUUUCUGGCGCAGAAGCGAUGGGGGGAGGGCUGGGAUGAGGUAUGAGCCGGGCGACCCUGAUCAACAUCCGAUGAUGGAGCGGCAGCGGCAACGGAGGAAGAGUGUUGUUGCAGCGGCUAUCACUAAGAAGACUUCCCGCCGCCGUUUGUCAAUUCCCACCGAUCCCGAUUCUCCCGAUUCGCCGGUCGAGAUUGGUGCUGUUCAGCAGGGGGUUCUGCUAGACGUCCCGACCUCAGCACCCCCGUUGGACUCAGGCAGCGAGAUGGAAGAAGCGGCCGCAAUUGGGAAGAUCAACGGCAGUCCAGGCAGAGGCGCAGCAGCAAGGGCAAGUAUAGAGACGCACCGCGAGCAAAAGGAGGACAUGGCGGGACUAUGGCCGUCGAUCCCGCGAGCCUGGAGGGGUCCUGUGCGCAUCGUGGCCAAACGGCUGUCCUCACUCAAGUUGGCUAUAGGAGAGCUGUUCGUCAUCGCAGGACUUUGUGCGGUUGGAACGAUUAUCGAGCAGGGUGAGAGUCCAGAGCACUACCUUGAGUUUUAUUCGUCCCAUAACUGGCCACUUGGCAGAGUCAUCUUGGCACUGGGAUUCGACCAUGUGUACACAUCCCCUCUCUUCCUUGGGUUAUUGAUGCUCUUGGCCGCUUCCUUAAUUGCCUGCACCUCAACUCGGCAAUGGCCAAUGGUUCGGAUUGCUCGGAGAUGGACGUUUGCACAAAGCCCUUCGGGUUUCUCGAAGAUGGAGGUUAGUGAGUCCUUGCCGAGGGCCUCUAUUGACGAUCUGGCAAAUAUCCUAAAGGUAAAGGACUAUGAGGUCUUUAUGAAUGGCCCUUCCAUGUAUGCGUUUAAAGGGUUGGUUGGACGCCUUGCUCCUAUUGGCGUCCAUGCCAGUCUUCUUCUCAUUAUGGCAGGAUCGGCAUUCGGUGCACUGAGCAGCUACCGAGGGACAACGUUGACCCCCCAGGGAACGGAGUUCCUUAUUGCAGACGUGCUUCGGCCGUCCGGACCGCUAGCUACUCCCUUUUCGUCGAUGAAUUAUGGGGUGCGCAUAGAUCGAUUCUACGUGGAUUACCGACCUAAUGGCCAGGUGAAUCAAUUCCAUACAGAUUUGUCGGUGGUGGAUUUGAGAGACAGGGAGGUUGCAAAAAAGAGCAUUUAUGUGAAUGAUCCGUUUCGAUUUCAGGGGGUAACGAUGUACCAGACAGAUUGGGGUAUUUCCACCAUUCAGUUAAGCGCUGAUGGGUCGGAUCUGUUCAAUCUACCCAUGGCAGAUCUGCAGCCAGGGCAAGAUGCAAAGCUGUUCGGCACAUUUCUUCCCCUCCCCCAACUGACCGAUUCCGGACAAAAGGGCAUCUCUUUAUUGGCUCGCGAUCUGCAGUCGGUGGCAAUUUACGACUCGGAGGGGAAAUUCGUGGGUGUUCGACGACCGGGUUCCCAAAAGCCAAUCAAGGUGGAUGGUGUAGAGCUAGUGAUCAGUGAUAUGAUUGGCAGCUCCGGACUUGAGCUCAAGGCGGACCCUGGUGUACCGUACGUGUACGCUGGCUUUGGCGCACUGAUGCUCACCUCAUUUCUCAGCUUCUUCUCCCAUUCUCAGAUCUGGGCGCUGCAGGCGGGCUCAACGGUAUAUGUUGGUGGGAGGACAAAUCGAGCGAAACUCGAUUUCCGCCAAGAGGUCAGUGAUGUCCUCGACAGCGUACCGCAGAUCAUUCCUAAGAAAUCGACUGGUCGAAGACAACAGUUAUCGUCUUCAAGAAAAAGAGGUUCGGUGCCCCGAUUAGCAUCGCAAAGCCAACCAGAGCGUAUCAGUGGAAGAGGGGAUGAUGACGAGGGAAGCACAGAACUGCUGGCAGCGCAAUCUGCACAAGCUGAUGAGAUGAGAUAGAGCAGAACAGAUGAACAUGUGGACAAAACGCACACACUCGCACUACUGGGACAGUGAUCGUCUUCGAAAAGGGGGUUUGUGCUCUCCCAUUAACAACGCAAAGCCAACCAGAGCGUAUCAGUGGAAGGAGGGGAUGGUGGCGAUUGGAAGCACAGAACUGCUGGCAGGGCAAUCUGCACAAGCUGAUGAGAUGAGAUAGAGCAGAACAGACGAACAUGUGGACAAAAUGCACACACUCGCACUACUGGGGCAGUGAUCGUCUACAAAAAAGGGGGUUUGUGCUCCCAUCAACAUCGCAAAGCCAACCAGAGCGUAUCAGUGGAAGAGGGGGAUGGUGGCGAUUGGAAGCACAGAAGUGCUGGCCGCGCAAUCUGCACAAGCUGAUGAGAUGAGAUACAGCAGAACAGAUGAACAUGUGGACAAAAUGCAAACGCUCGAUCUGACAUCGGGCUCCUUGGGCAGUGCGAAGAGAUCGCAGAGUGAGCUGGAGUUGGACGGAGACUUGGUGGUCACAUAAGCAACAGGACGACAACAGUUGUAGUCUUGGUAGUGUAAUGAUCAGGAGGACAAGGGUUAUGAAACUGUGAAUAAUAGUAAAUAAUAAUAAAAGCCUGCGCAGGAA